AUGGAGAUCUGGGUAUCUAUUAUAGAAGAUAUAGUGAUUCUUGAUCUGUUACUGGAUGAAGCACUCAAUUCAAUAGGUAUGGAGAACUGGGCAACCUAUGAACUUGCUUCUGAAAUCGACUGCUUUGGUGUCAUGGCUAAGCUUCGCUAUGAUUUUGAAGCCACUGGACUCGCCUCAUCCGACUAUAGAAGCAUUGUUAAAGAAAUUCCUUCAGCGGGCCAUGGACAUUCUACUAGAGGACAGGCAAUGGCACAUAAUGGGGUGUUGGUGAAUAGGCUUUCUUUAAAGAAACACUAUAAAAAUGGGAAUGGAAUUAAGGUUUCUACAUCAGGAAAUUAUAUAGAUGUUGGUGGUGAAGAGCUGUGGAUUGAUGUAUUGAAUGCCACCGUAAGACACGGCCUUGCACCUGUUUCGUGGACUGACUAUUUGUACCUAACUGUUGGGGGUACGCUUUCUAACGCUGGAAUCAGUGGACAAACCUUCCUCUAUGGUCCUCAGAUUAGCAAUGUUCUUGAAAUGGAUGUUAUCACAGGUAAAGGGUACUUUAUGACUUGCUCCAGAGACAAGAAUUCAGAAUUAUUUUAUGCAUUUCUAGGAGGUCUGGGGCAGUUUGGUAUCAUAACUAGGGCAAGAAUUCUCCUCGCAAAAGCACCAAAAACAGAGUAUAAUGAGGAAGUUGAGACGCUGCAGGAGGGAUUGAACUACAUUCCUGGUUUCGCUUUCAUGAAAGACCAAACCUAUAUUGAUUUCCUCAACCGAGUUUGA